GGUUAUGUUUCUUAGUUGCGGAGGUUUGCCUCGUUGCUGGAUCAGCAAGGAAUGCUUAUCACACCAAGUAUAUCGGUUACUAUGAGAAGAAGGAUUUGACAUCAUGUAUCGCCCUUCGUAAGGGUGUUUUUGCGGCAGCAGCUGGCUUUGUGCUGAUUUUAUUUGCAUCAUCUUUGUCAUUCUACUGGAACUAUACCAAGGCGGAUACAGCAGGAUGGGUUAAACACCAAAAUGAGGGUGUAGGCAUGGCAGAAUAUGGCCAUGAUAAGGGUGAGCUUAGAAGCUCCAAUGUGUGAAAUGUUAUGUCAUGCUAAUGCCAACAAUUGGUGAUCAUAGCGCCCUACAAUACAGAUGGCAAAUAGGAUCUCUUUAGUUUCUUUGUAGUCUUGGAGUUUGUGAUUUUUGAAACAAGAUGGAGAGCUUUGUUGCACUGUAUGCGAUCGCAGCAGUACAUUUUGAAUGUUUGGUUAGAAUUUUGAUAUAGAAAUAUUUUGGUUUGUGUUUUUAAUACUUGAAUGAUCAUGUAUGUGUGUGUCUGGAGGCUGAGGAUGCGUUGAUACACCUCCGCAUGAUUGUAUUUAAUGAUUGCUUGAAAAGUGUUGGCUGUAAAAGGUUUUUUUGCUGGAUUUGUUUGUUUGGAGUUGAGACAUUUCUUUGGUGUGUCUUUAGUGGCUU